AUGGCCAAAUUUUCCGAGACUGCUCGCGAGCGUGAGCUCUUCAGAUACGAAGCGUCGGCGAUAUCUGGCACGGUCCCUACCCGUCUUGGUGCCCCGCCAAUUGCUUCUCUGACGCAAAACGCGCCGUUCCAGCAGGAUCCGAUCCUCACAGCACUGGCACAGCUGUGUGCUUUGCGCCUCGAAGCCGCCUGUGCCUACAUUUCCUUCUUCGACACCCAAUCACAACAUGUCGUAGCCUGUGCGAGCUCGACCUCGAGCAUUUUCGGCGCGACUCCAGACACGGAUCUUCUCGACUUAUGUGGCAAGGCAUUCCCACGGCAGUCCUCCAUAAGUGAGCAUGUUCUCCAGCUCGACGACAUCCUGACCGAGGUGGACGCGCCAAAGGCAUACCGAGGCCAACAUCUUCCGGUCUCCCACAUAUCAGACCUCGCAGCACAUCCGCAAUUUUCACAACAUGUGUUCGUAGUGGGAAAGAACGGCAUGCGCUGGCAUGCAGCGGUGCCCAUCCAGUCGCCAAGGGGAGCCAAUAUCGGAGUCAUCAUCGUCUACGACCCACAGCCGAGAUCCGAUGCCGAAGCGCUGCCAGAGAACGCUGCCAGGGCUCUGCGGGAAGCGUCAUGCGCAAUCACGCAGAAUAUGAAGCUGCAGUGGGCGAAUGACGCCCUGCGCCGCAAUGAGAGGAUGGUGCGAGGCUUGGGCAGUUUUGUGGAGGGUAGCGCUGGCAUAGCGUUCUCGGAGAAGGCGGACAAUAUGGCCUCCUUUGAGAAUGCCCGGGACGAGGGAUCUUUAAACAUCCGCCAACAAUUCCUCCAGAGACCAGCUACGGACGAGGGACUCCCCGCACCGGGCUACACUAUUAUUGAUCUCUUUCACGGCAUUAGAAAUCCCUUGUCCUAG